CGGGAGCCGGGCCGGAGCGGCGCGAGCGGCGGCGUCCCCAAGCCGGCCGGCCAUGGGCCUCCUGUCGGACCCGGUUCGCCGGCGCGCGCUCGUCCGCCUGGUGCUGCGCCUCAACGCGCCGCUCUGCGUGCUGAGCUACGUGGCUGGCAUCGCGUGGUUCCUGGCGCUGGCUUUCCCGCCGCUGACCCAGCGCACCUACAUGUCCGAGAACGCCAUGGGCUCCACCAUGGUGGAGGAGCAGUUUGCGGGCGGGGAGCGCGCCCGCGGCUGGGCCCGGGACUUCGCCGCGCAGCGCAGGAAGUCAGGGGCGCUGCCCGUGGCCUGGCUGGAGCGCACCAUGCGGUCGGUGGGCCUGGAAGUCUACUCGCAGAGUUUCUCCCGGAAACUGCCUUUCCCAGAUGAGACCCACGAGCGCUAUCUGGUGGCGGGCACCAACGUGUAUGGUAUCCUGCGGGCGCCGCGUGCGGCCAGUACCGAGUCCCUGGUGCUCACCGUCCCCUGUGGCCCGGACUCGACCAACAGCCAGGCGGUGGGGCUGCUGCUGGCGCUCGCGGCCCACUUCCGCGGGCAGAUUUACUGGGCCAAAGACAUCAUCUUUCUUGUGACGGAGCACGACCUGCUGGGCACUGAGGCUUGGCUGGAAGCCUACCACGAUGUCAACGUCACUGGCAUGCAGACGGCCCCUCUGCAGGGCCGGGCUGGAGCCAUCCAGGCGGCAGUGGCCCUGGAGCUGAGCAGUGAUGUGGUCACCAGCCUCGACGUGACCGUGGAGGGGCUCAACGGGCAGCUGCCCAACCUUGACCUGCUCAACCUCUUCCAGACCUUCUGCCAGAAAGGGGGGCUGCUGUGUACACUGCAGGGCAAGCUACAGCCCCAGGACUGGACGUCGGUGGAUGGGCCCCUGCAGGGCCUGCAGACGCUGCUGCUCAUGGUCUUGCAGCAGGCCUCGGGCCGCCCCCACGGCCCACACGGCCUCUUUCUGCGCUACCGCGUGGAGGCCCUCACCCUCCGCGGCAUCAACAGCUUCCGCCAGUAUAAGUAUGACCUGGUGGCUGUGGGAAAGGCUUUGGAGGGCAUGUUCCGCAAGCUCAACCACCUCCUGGAGCGACUGCACCAGUCCUUCUUCUUCUACCUGCUCCCCGCCCUCUCCCGCUUUGUCUCCAUCGGCCUCUACAUGCCUGCCGCCGGCUUUCUGCUCCUGGUCCUCGGUCUCAAGGCUCUGGAACUGUGGAUGCAUCUGCAUGAGGCUGGUGGGGGCUCCGAGGAGGCCGGUGACACCCCUGGGCCCAGCCCUCCCCUGCCCCCAGCACAGGGAGUGGGGCUGGCCUCGCUCGUGGCACCCGUGCUGAUCUCUCAGGCCAUGGGGCUGGCGCUCUACAUUUUGCCGGUACUGGGCCAACACGUGGCCACGCAGCAUUUCCCUGUGGCUGAGGCUGAGGCCGUGGUGCUGACUCUGCUGGCCAUCUACGUGGCAGGCUUAGCUCUUCCCCACAACACCCACUGGGUGGUGAGCGCGCAGGCCCCGGAUAGGGGCUGGAUGGCCCUGAAGCUGGUGGCCCUCAUCUACCUGGCACUGCAGCUGGCCUGUGUCACCCUCACCAACUUCUCGCUUGGUUUCCUGUUGGCCGCCACCAUGGUGCCCACUGCUGCCCUCGCCGAGCCCCGCGGGCCCCGGCCACUGUACGCCGUCCUGCUGGUGCUGACGAGCCCGGCGGCCGCGCUCCUGGGCGGACUGUUCCUGUGGCGGGAGCUGCAGGAGGCCCCACUGGCGCUGGCCGAGGGCUGGCAGCUCUUCCUGGCGGCGCUGGCGCAGGGCGUGCUGGAACACCACACCUAUGGCUCUCUUCUCUUCCCGCUGCUGGCACUGGGCAUCUACCCCUGCUGGCUGCUCUUCUGGAAUGUUCUCUUCUGGAAGUAAUCCCGGGGGCCCCCUGGUGUCCUCGCAUCCCUUGGAAUAAACA